UUAAGGACACAUACAAAUAUAUAUGCACUAUAUUCAUAUCGGUGUCACAAAUUAAUCUACGAAAGCAUGGCACUAUAUUUUAUCUUUUCUUAUUUUCUCACAUGGGGAUGUGGUUUAAAUAUACUUUAAGGCGUAACGCGUCUAAAAAAAUUAAUUUCAUUACAAACAUAGUCUAACUUUAGCACACUACAUGCACAUUUUUCAUGGGUAGACAUUACAAUUGUAGAAGAAAAAAGACUAUUGCUAAUAUUAAUCAUAUGCUCAAUUAUCAUAAAUAAUUGAUCAAAAUAAUAAAUAUUAUUCUGAUAAAUAAAACCGAGUUAUAAGUAAAUAUAGAAGUUCAAUAUAAAUAUUUAAUUUGUUAAACUUGAUUCAUGACUACUUUUAUUUGAAUCGGCUCACGAAAAUUCACGGUGGUAAUAAGUAAGAAUUGUCAAUACGUGACGUAGUGGCCGUAGAUAUACAUUUUGCUUAUUCUCAGCUUUAUUUUCUCAAGAUGAAUUUUGUGUGAAACUGAUGCGAAAAUGUGUAAUUAUUGGUGGCAUUCCUAUCUAUAUAUCAACAAUGCAACAUCAUAUUUUUACAUCACAAUAAUUAUAUUAUUGCAUUUUAAAUACUAUAUAAUUAUUUUAUAUCACAACACGUGAUAUUUUAAAAAAAUUAAAAAGCAUAUUUGAGCAUUAUCUUUUAUACAUACAUGUCAAUGAAAAUUGUGAAACUAAAAGUGAUUUAAUGAAAAAAUAUUAUUAUUUCCACCCGAGCAAUCUAAACAUUUUAAUAAAUUAUUUUUUGUUCCAAAAUACAUGUAAGUUUGGACAUUGACAGUCUCCAUCGUAACAUUUGAUUCUUACCUUAUAUUUAUAUAUUAAUAAAAUUUCUUAAGAAAUGUAUAUUAUAGAAGUAUUUUCUUAACAAAUCUAAAAAUGUGAUUGUUACCUUACCAAUGUUAACACUUAACAGUAUUUUAAUAAUCAAAGUUUAUAUAUAUAUUUUACGCUUUCUUUAGAGUCAUGUAUUCGGAGGUAGAACCACACUAGACAGCGUCACAACAUCUAUCAAACAUAUACAUGACAACGUAUUUAACACUAUGUUAGGUAAGAGAUUGCAAAAUAUUGUAAAUACAUGAGAAAGUGUCAAAGAUAGUACACUUUCUUUUAUACAAUACCAUAUACUCCCUCUAUUCCUAAAUAUAAAUCUUUUUAGAGAUUUCAAUAUGGACUGCAUAUCGAGCAAACUGGGUAAAUCUACGCUCUAAAAUAUGUCUAUAUACAUCAGUAUGUAGUUAUAUUGAAAUCUUUAAAAAGACUUAUAUUUAGGAACGGAUGGAGUACUCCCUCUGAUCCAUAUUAAUUAUCCCUCACUUAGUACAACUUUCUUAUACAAAACAAAAGAUAAAGUAACUUUGUGGAUGGACUCCUAGUCCAAUGGCGUCUCAUAACCCACGCGAACCUUGGGUGGAAUGUUGUUGUCUCACAUUCUCCUUCUUAAUUUAAAAGCCCCCAUACUGGUCUUUUUUUUUGAUAAAGCAACUUUUUGUUAUACAACAAAUCUUUGAUUACAUGUUGCUAGCAAGUCAUAUUUUUGCGAAUAGUGGAAGCGUACAUCGAAAUUAUGCUGAACGAAGUUCACAUGCUUGUGAAUCUGUGUGCUAAACAACACUAGGAAUGGCGUACAUGCCAAAAUAAAUAUCAAGUCUCUCACAAAUUAUAAAUGUCAAUUCUUACUCAGAGAUUAUGAUCAACUGAUGUUACAUCAAUUUAUUUGCUGACCUAUGUUGUCUUCUGAAUACCAGUCUGGUUCCAGUUCUACACUGAAAAUCGAGAUAGACGAUCCAGCUCUCCAAUCAAUCGAGUUUGUUCUCGUCGAUGAGGCACAGAACAAAUGGUUCAAAAAUAACGGCGAGAACUUCCUAAUCCAUAUACGACCAGGCCAUCAGGGACAGCAUUCUGCUCCUGCAGCAACAAACCAAAACUUCUCAUCUGAAAGGGUCACACGCAAAAACAGAGAUGUCAUGCAGCUCCUCAGUAAACACGCAUCCAGUUCCACCAACGUAAAUAAGGCAACAGAAGCUGCUCCACAUCGGAAUCCCACGGUUCUUGAUCUCUUCCUGAAGUCAUUGCAAGAGAAGAAUGGUUGCCAAGUCCUCUGCAAAAAGGUCUUCAAACUGGGCGAAAAGGAGAUCUUGGCAUCGAUGUCAGAAGUACAAGGAAAGUUCAAAGUUCACUUGGCCACAAAUCACGCCGAGCCACUUAUUCUCCACUGGGCACUCGCAAAGAAGGCCGGAGAGUGGAAGGCACCUCCUCCAGGCGUAGCACCUGCUGGUUCAACAUUGCUUGAACUGGCAUGCGAGAGUUCAUUCUCUGAUGCUGAACUAGAUGGUUUGCAUUACAAGGUUCUGGAGAUAGAGCUUGAUGCCGACAGCUAUAAGGGGAUGCCUUUUGUCCUCCGGUAUAAUGAAACAUGGAUAAAGAACAAUACCUCUGACUUUUACCUUGAUUUUAGCAGGAGAACUGCCAAGACUUCAGAGCAGAAGGAUAGUAGUGAUGCUGGUAAAGGGACUGCAAAGGCUUUGCUGGAAACAAUAGCCGAUCUAGAGGGAGAGGCCCAAAAAUCUUUUAUGCAUAGAUUCAAUAUAGCAUCCGACCUAGUUGAACAAGCAAAAGAUGCGGGACAAUUGGGUCUUGCUGGACUACUGGUUUGGAUGAGAUUCAUGGCCACGAGGCAACUUAUCUGGAACAAGAAUUAUAAUGUGAAGCCACGUGAGAUUAGCCAAGCACAAGAUAGGUUCACAGACAAUCUUGAAAGUCUCUACAGAACAUAUCCACAGUACAGGGAGAUGCUAAGAAUGAUAUUGGCCGCAGUAGGUCGUGGAGGUCAGGGUGAUGUCGGUCAACGUAUUCGUGAUGAGAUUUUGGUAAUACAGAGAAACAAUAACUGCAUGGGUGGAAUGAUGGAAGAAUGGCAUCAAAAACUACACAACAAUACAAGCCCAGACGAUGUGGUGAUUUGUCAGGCACUGAUGGACUAUAUGAACAGUGACCUUGACAUCAAAGUUUAUUGGGAUACUUUAAACAAAAAUGGCAUAACAAAGGAAAGAUUAGCAAGCUACGAUCACCCUAUUCACUCAGAACCAAAUUUAACGAGGGAGCAGAAGGAGGGUCUACUACGCGACUUAACAAACUACAUGAGAAGCCUCAAGGCUGUUCACUCCGGUGCUGAUCUAGAAUCUGCUAUAGGAACCUGUACAGGGUACACGUCAGAGAGUCAGGGUUUCAUGGUUGGUGUCGAAGUGAAUCCUGUAAAGGGAUUACCAUCUGGAUUUUCUGAAUUGCUUAAGUUUGUCCUUGACCACAUUGAGGAUAAAUCAGUGGAAUCACUUGUUGAGGGUCUCUUGGAGGCAAGAGCUGCGCUUCGCCCUUUGCUCCUUGGCUCAACGGAUCGCUUGAAGGAUCUCAUAUUUUUGGACAUUGCUCUUGAUUCUACUGUUAGGACAGCAGUUGAAAGGUCAUAUGAAAAUCUGAACAAUGCAUCACCUCAGAAACUUAUGUACUUCAUCAGUCUAGUUGUUGAAAAUCUUGCGUUGUCCACUGAUGACAAUGAGGAUCUCCUAUACUGCUUAAAGGGAUGGAACCAUGCCCUUGAAAUGUCAAACAAAUCUGAUAGUCAGUGGGCAUUGUAUGCAAAAGCAUUUCUAGACAGAACUAGACUUGCACUUGCAACCAAGGGAGAAGAAUACCAUAAUAUUCUUCAGCCUUCAGCAGAAUACCUUGGUUCGUUACUUGGAAUUGAGCAAUGGACACUUAACAUAUUUACGGAGGAAAUUAUCCGUAGUGGAUCAGCCGCUUCAUUGUCCUUACUCCUCAAUCGUCUCGACCCUGUUCUUAGGAACGUUGCAAACCUAGGAAGUUGGCAGAUCAUAAGCCCAGUUGAAGUAGCGGGGUAUGUGGUUGCCGUAGACCAACUGCUCACUGUUCAAGACAAAUCUUAUGACAAACCCACAGUUUUGGUGGUAAAAGGUGUCAAGGGAGAGGAGGAAAUACCUGACGGCGUUGUCGCCGUCCUUACUCCAGAUAUGCCCGAUGUAUUGUCCCAUGUCUCAGUUCGAGCAAGAAAUAGCAAGGUAUUGUUUGCCACAUGCUUUGACCCAAAUAUCUUCUCUGAACUUCAACAAAACGAAGGCAAGGUACUUUCACUAAAGCCAGGUUCUGUAGAUAUAAAUUACAGAGAGAUUGCAGAGAAUGAACUAGUUUCAAGUUCCCCUGAUACAGCAGAUGGUCAAUCAGCACCAUCUCUGUCACUAGCGAAGAAGCAAUUUCUUGGAAAAUAUGCAAUAUCUGCUGACGAAUUCUCUGAUGAAAAGGUUGGAGCUAAAUCCCGGAAUAUAGCUUACCUCAACGGAAAGGUGCCAUCAUGGGUCAGUGUCCCAACGUCAGUUGCACUCCCAUUUGGAACCUUCGAAACAGCUUUGUCUGAUAACACUAACAAGGAAGUAGCCCAAAAGUUACAGAUCCUAACGGACAAGCUCAAUCAAGGAGAAUUUGGUGCUCUUAAUGAAAUCCGAAAUGUUCUGCUGAACCUAACAGCUCCUACUGAUCUGGUGAAGGAGCUCAAGGAGAAGAUGCAAGGUUCUGCAAUGCCCUGGCCUGGAGAUGAAGGUGAACAGCGUUGGGAACAAGCAUGGAUGGCAAUCAAAAAGGUGUGGGCCUCAAAAUGGAAUGAAAGAGCAUACUUCAGCACCCGGAAAGUGAAGCUUGAUCAUGCCAACCUUUGCAUGUCGGUUCUUGUGCAAGAAGUUGUGAGUGCAGACUACGCUUUCGUGAUACAUACUACCAACCCAUCAUCUGGAGAGUCUUCAGAAAUAUACGCUGAAGUUGUUAAAGGGCUUGGGGAGACCCUUGUGGGAGCCUAUCCUGGUCGUGCAAUGAGCUUCGUCUGCAAGAAGGAUAAUCUUGACUCUCCCAAGGUAUUGGGAUAUCCAAGCAAGCCAAUUGGCCUCUUCAUAAAGAAGUCGGUCAUCUUCCGUUCUGACUCGAAUGGUGAGGACUUGGAAGGCUAUGCUGGGGCUGGACUCUAUGACAGUGUGCCUAUGGACAAGGAAGAAGAAGUGGUUCUUGACUACACAAAUGAUCCCCUCAUUACAGAUUGCAGUUUCCGUAACACAAUACUCUCAAACAUUGCUCGUACUGGUCAUGCUAUUGAGGAGCUCUAUGGGUCUCCACAGGAUAUUGAGGGAGUGGUGAAGGAUGGAAAGAUCUACGUUGUGCAGACACGGCCACAAAUGUGAUUUACUAUUUACAAGUACGGUAUAGAAUAUGCAUGACAGCCCGUGCAUCUUAUAGAGUUCCACAAUUGUGCAAUGUACUAAAACAUGCACAUACAUUUUUGGUGUUGGUAUAAGAUGGCAAACUAGAGAGUAAUAAAAGGAGGGGCGAGUUAUCCCCAAGCAUAUAGAACUACAGAGUAAUAAGAGUGCACUACGAAGAAACCUAUCCAUAUAAGAAGUUCCAAACAUCUCUUACAGAAAAGAAUGCAGCCUGCAAAUGAAGAUUAGAAGUGUUAUUGCUUGAAAGAGAAGCACUGCUCUUGGGAUGACUGAGAUAAACAGGUCAAAUCUAUUUCUACUGAUUUCAGGCCAUUAAAAGAAACAAAGGCAACUGAGUUGUAAUAAGGUAACUGGUAAUGGCUGGCAGUUAUUGGCUAUUGCAGAUAAGUUUCACAAAGUCCUCUGAUUCCUCGACCGGUGGAUUAUGGUCCAUGGUCAUAGGGUUGGUGCUAGUAUGGUGGAGAUGCAACUGUGAGGCAGGUUCAAUGUGGAUGGCCUCGGGUUUUUCUUUCUUUUUGUGUAAGUCGAUCGGUUGUAAUGCUUGCCAUUGUGUUUAAUAAUAAAUAAAAUGUUUGCAUCAA